CCGGCUGAGCUGGGGUCCCGUGCAGUGCCGUGCAGUGCAGUGCCGUUCAGUGUCGUGCAGUGCCUGUUCUCCGCUUUCAGGUGCGUCCCCCUCAUCCCGCCCCGCCGGGUGCCCAGCAUGGCCUCCCUCCAGGGCCUGGUCACCCUGAUCCUGGUGGUCGCCACCGCCGUGUCCCCCGGCCUCAGUCUCCCUCACCUCGACUCCACCCUGGACCAACACUGGGAACGCUGGAAGUCCUGGCAUAAACGGGAUUACCGGGAGAACGAAGAUGGCUGGAGAAGGGCGGUGUGGGAGAAGAAUCUGAAAAUGAUCCAGACGCACAACAUGGAGUACAGCAUGGGGAAGCACAGCUUCAGGGUGGAAAUGAACCAUUUCGGCGACAUGACGACCGAAGAAUUCCAGCAGGUGAUGAACGGCUUUAGACACGACAAGUCAGCCCAGAAAGCGCCGGGGUCAUCCUUCCUUGAGCCCAACUUUGUGGAAACCCCCAAAUCUGUGGACUGGAGACAGAAGGGUUAUGUGACUCCUGUGAAGAAUCAGGGCCAUUGCGGCUCGUGCUGGGCGUUCAGCACGACGGGGGCCCUGGAGGGCCAGCACUUCCGAAAGACGGGCAAGCUGGUUUCCCUGAGCGAGCAGAACCUGGUGGACUGCUCCCGGCCCCAGGGCAACCACGGCUGCAACGGGGGCCUCAUGGACUUCGCCUUCCAGUACAUCAAGGACAACGGCGGCAUCGACUCUGAGGAGGCCUACCCCUACGUGGGCAAGGACAACGACCAGUGCUCCUACAAGCCGGAGUGCGCCGCGGCCAACGACACAGGCUUCGUGGACGUCCCCCCGCACUACGAGAAGGCCCUCAUGAAGGCCGUGGCCACCGUGGGCCCCAUCUCUGUGGCCAUCGACGCCGGACACUCCUCCUUCCAGUUCUACCACUCCGGGGUGUACUUCGAGCCGGAGUGCAGCAGCGAGGAUCUGGACCACGGCGUGCUGGUGGUCGGCUUCGGUGCCCAGGGCAAGGACGAGGAUGGCAAGAAGUUCUGGAUCGUCAAGAACAGCUGGGGCGAGGAGUGGGGCGACAAGGGAUACAUCCUUAUGGCCAAGGACCGGAACAACCACUGCGGCAUCGCCACGGCUGCCAGUUACCCUCUGGUAUGACCGCACGGACGGACGGACGGAUGGAGACGGGGCUCCUUGGCAGACGGACAGAUGGAAACGGGGUUUCUCGGCCUCCCCUCUCUGUCCUCCCGCCUCAACUUCUCUCCUCACCGACCGGAUGGCCCCACUGAGGCCGACUCGCCCUUUGAAAUCCGACGGACUUGGAGAUUUUUGUGUUUUUUUAAAAAAGCCCCAUGUACAAAUCUUUUUAAAUAAAACCUCAGCUAAGUGUGUGGGGUUGGCUUGA